CAUACCCUCGCCUACGAGCUUGCCGCUGUAUAUAGAUAGUAGUGAGCACGCUUGUCCCGGCGUACACUGGAACCCCCUUGCUUUGGUCGAAUUUGAGUCCAAAGGAGAAGCUUUAGCGGAACGAGCUGGCAGCGCGCGAAUCGAAAACACUGGCAGACUCAGCAGUUGGCGAGUCCUUACCAUUGCACCCGAAAGACUCUUUGCCAUUACACCUCUCGUUGGCGAGGUUCGCUUAUCGACGGUGAAAGACGUCCGACAUCCCACACGGACACCCACGCCUGCCCACGGCGUGACUUUACCCGACAACCCUAUUUCCUCAGCUAUCGUUGCCCGAGGCUUAGCGACCAUGCUUCCAGUAGGGAAACAGUCGGCGUCACCCCACACCUUCCCCGUUCACCAUCCUCACCAGCAGCAGCAGCAGCAGCAGCAAGCGUCGCAAGCUCAGCAGCAGGAUAUUCACGGCGCUCUCAUAAUUUCCCAUCAGCCAUUCGACGGCAAGGGCGGAUCCGCAGUUGGCACUCCACCACAGCAUGGUGGCUUAUACCCUCAACAGCAGCUACAAAACGCUCGUCUAGCUAGCCCGCCCGCAUAUAACGGCUACCCGAUGCAACAAACACAACCGCAACCACCACAACACCGACGAGUGCAUCACCAGCACCAGCCACAUACCCAUCUCAGCCCACAACAUCAGAUGCAGGCCAUCCACACGAUAGAUCCCAACGUCUUGUCCAUGAGCCAACACUUCGGGGGGGUUCCUGGGGUAAAACAGGAGGACUCCGUGCUGGGAGAAGCUCUAACCGACCCAUACUUGAACGUCGACUAUGACUUAGGGAAUGGCGUGGAGAUUGGAGACUCAAUGCCUAUGAUGGCGGACCCGACGGCUCUUAUGUCUCCCAUGUCCAAUUCCCCCCUGGACGACGCAGAUCUUAUGGCACGGUCAGCCACUUUCAGCCCUCAUGGAUCAGGCUCAUUGAGUAACUCCUUGCACAGCACGCCCUAUGUUCAUGCAACGAAUGGUUUCGGGAUAGUUGAUCACACCAAACUCAUGGGCACGCAACCGAGCUCGUACAGCGCUUAUGGCCACGGGCUUAUGCUACCAGAUCCGACAAUGAAAAAUCCGGAGGUGCUAAACGAGAAGCGUCGCCGUCGCCGAGAAUCGCACAAUGCCGUUGAGCGACGCCGCCGGGACAACAUUAAUGAAAAGAUACAAGAAUUGGCAACGCUUCUUCCGGAUUUUGCGAAUGACCUCCAAAAUCGACCGAACAAGGGUGUCAUUUUGCGUCGUUCCGUCGACUACAUCCGGCAGAUGCAAACGUUCGCUAUGAUGCAAGUGGACAGGGCCCAAGAGUUGGAAAGAGUCCUCGCGAGAAUCCUCGAUCAGACCGGCAUCAACGAAGCGGAGCUCGGUCUGACUCUUCCCUUGGGCACUUUGAUCGAAAUGCCUACGGUCAAACCCCCGGGACCUAACGAACAACACCCGGACCAGUCCCUGAAUGAUCAAGGACUCGCAGAAUACGACGAAGAAGGCGACGGGCAGUAGGAAUCUUGAGGGGGCCAUAUGCUGUUGUGCCUAGAUUCCGUUGGAGGCAUGCUGACGUUAUCAAAGGGUAGCCCCCCUUUUUUUGGAUCGACGAUCA